GCCGGCCUGUCAUCCCUCCAUCUGUCCCUGGACGGCCAGCCUGCAGUCUCUUCCUCCCUCCCUUUGCUGGGCACCCCAGGACCCGGGGGAGGAAACCGAGACCCCCACCUCUCGAGAAAAGCGUCAACAUCAAAUUGUGAGAGGUGCAUGUGAGAAGGGAGAGCUCGUGGUAGCCGCCUCGGAAAGCACAUCACGAGUCUGUUUCCUCGCCAGGAGGAGAGGGUAAUCGUGCCCACCUCCUAGCACUGUUGAAGAGCAAUGGCCUCCGGAGAGCCCCUGCAUGUGAAGACCCCCAUCCGGGACAGCAUGUCCCUGUCCAAGGUGGCGGGCACCAGUGUCUAUCUCAAGAUGGACAGUGCCCAGCCCUCUGGCUCCUUCAAGAUCCGAGGCAUCGGGCACCUCUGCAAGACGGUACAGUGGGCUGAGCAAGGCUGUGAGCAUUUCGUCUGCUCCUCAGCGGGCAACGCAGGCAUGGCCACCGCCUAUGCCGCCAGGAAGCUAGGCAUCCCCGCCACCAUCGUCGUGCCUAGCACCACGCCCGCCGUCACCAUCGAGCGACUCAAGAACGAGGGUGCCAUGGUCAGGGUGGUGGGCGAGACGCUGGACGAGGCCUUCGAGCUGGCCAAGGCCCUGGCGAAGAACAACCCGGGCUGGGUCUACAUUCCCCCGUUCGACGACCCCCUCAUCUGGGAAGGCCACACGUCCAUCGUGAAGGAGCUGAAGGAGACGCUGAGUGCAAAGCCCGGGGCCAUCGUGCUGUCGGUGGGCGGCGGGGGGCUGCUGUGCGGCGUGGUCCAGGGGCUGCAGGAGGUGGGCUGGGACGAUGUGCCCGUCAUCGCCAUGGAGACCCUGGGUGCCCACAGCUUCCACGCCGCCACCGCCGCUGGCAAGCUUGUCUCCCUCCCCAAGGUCACCAGUGUUGCCACAGCCCUGGGCGUGAAGACUGUGGGGGCUCAGGCCCUGAAGCUGUUUCGGGAACACCCCAUUUUCCCCGAAGUCGUCUCGGACCAGGAGGCUGUGGCCGCCAUUGAGAGGUUUGUGGAUGAUGAGAAGAUCCUGGUGGAGCCCGCCUGUGGGGCCGCCCUGGCCGCCGUCUACAGCCACGUGGUCCAGAAGCUGCAGGGGGAGGGGAAGCUCCGCGCGCCCCUGUCCUCCCUCGUGAUCAUCGUCUGCGGGGGCAGCAACAUCAGCCUGGCCCAGCUCCGGGCCCUCAAGGAACAGCUGGGCAUGCAGAACGGGCUGCCCAAGUGAGAAGCCCCUCUCCCACUUGUGCCCCUUUACCCAGGAGACCCCUGGAGGCACCGGGGUUUUAUCUGGACUCCCUGAGGUGCAGCCGGAAGGUCAGCAGCUAGCGAGGCUGUGAAUCUAAGGGCCAGGCUCUGGCCAUCUUGGGUGUGAUGACUCUGUGGCCAUCGUCCUUAGCCACCCCUGCUGGGAUGACAACCACCCACGUGGAACAGCCCAGGUCCCAGGGCAGGUGGACAGGGAAGGAGCCGAAUCACAGCAGGCAGGGACUCCUCGAAGUCAGCUGCCCCUGCUCCAGGCUUCCUCCCUGGGAAGGUGGACAGGGCAACAGCCCCAGGGGCCGCAGGCAGCUUGUCCUUUCAGGAUCCUAGGAUGCCCAACUCCACCCUCAGUCAUUUUUCUAAUGUGCAAACUUUUUCAUUGAAAAAAAAAUAUAUUU